AUGAGUUUUACCUUUGGUAACACAACGACAACUUCAGGCAGUACCUUUGGUACCACAACUCCUUCAACAGGAUUUGCAUUUGGAAGUGGUGAUGCAGCAAAACCAUUAUUUGGUACAUCUAACACUGAAAACAAACCUGCAUUUAACUUCACCAGUCCCACAACUAACGCUCCAGCUUUUGGAAGCUUUGCAUUUGGAGCUAAAACCACUACUGCAGCUGCUGCCACUAAUAUGUUUUCAAAUCCAGCAACUACUUCAACUUCAGCAUUUGGUGCAAGUAAACCCUUGAGCUUCGGUUUCGCUUCACCACCUAACCAGACUGUUGGUAGUCCAGCAUUUGGGCAAGCUACACAACAACAAAAUGCCCCACAAAAUUUAUCAUUUGGUGGUGCUCAACCACAAGCAGCACCUGCGUUUGGUACGCAAGCACCAACAGCGUUCGGUUCCCCAGCUAGUGGAGGAUUUUCAUUUGGAAAAACUGGCACCACCUCAGCAGGGUUCGGUUUCUCAACACCUGCAUCCGGUUUCUCAGCACCACAAGCAGUUACAGCGACCACAAUGUCUACGCCACAGACUACAAUCGCAAGUUUU